GGCUCAGGACAGCCACUGCUCUGCUUAACACGAGUCCAGGAGAUAUCUCGAUCACAUCAAAAGACCCAUGAAUGCCUUCAUGGUGUGGUCCAGAGGCCAGAGGAGGAAAAUGGCCCAGGAGAACCCAAAGAUGCACAACUCUGAAAUCAGCAAGAGACUCGGCGCGGAGUGGAAGCUGCUCUCCGACUCCGAGAAACGUCCGUACAUUGACGAGGCCAAGAGGCUGCGGGCUCAGCACAUGAAGGAGCACCCGGACUACAAGUACCGACCCCGGCGCAAACCCAAGAGUCUCUUGAAGAGGGACCGUUUCGUUUUCCCGCUGCCGUCUUUCCUCGGGGACGCAGCGGAGCACUUGAAGGGAUUUGCCAUGGACUCCUUCCUUGUCCCCGGAGAUAAAGCCAGGGCUCUACUCGCUCCCUCCUCCUCCUCCUCCUCCUCGUCCUUCUCGCUGCUGGAGCCGGUGGCGCAGUUCAGCACCGGAGCUGUCCAGCGGAUGGCGGAGAUACCGCACGCCCUGGCCGCCGGGGCUCUGCCCUUCAGUGCGCACACGUUUGGAUACCAGACUGGAGGGAUUGGGGGUCUGGCUUGCCCCGGACAGCACACCCACACCCACACCCACCCGUCCCCUUCCAGCCCAGGAUACGUGGUGCCGUGUAACUGCAGCGCCUGGUCUGCUGCCAGUUUACAGCCUCAGGUAGCCUAUAUUCUCUUCCCUGGAGGGAUGGCCAAGAGCGGCAUGGACUCGUACACUUCACCCAGCUCCAGUGUGUGACAGAGCGGACACACUUGAAGACGGAACGGGAAAAGUUUGCGCACAGGACCUCCCCAUGUAACACAAAAGGAAAAGGAAAAACUGGGCUACAAUACAUUUGUUUAUCCUAUAUCACAGCAAAACUGAGUAUUAUAGGCUAGUGUUUCCGCAGAAGUUAAAUACAUUUUAAAAUGCCAUAAAAUGCUGAGCACCAAAAACACACUACAAGUCUCUAUAUUACUCGUUAUUUAAUUAAUGCAGAGUAAGGACUUGGAGAACAAUGUGCAGAUGCUAUUUUGUUACUCUUUUGACAAAGACAUACAUUUAAAACAGUUAGAAAUACAAUGCAAGAAAUCAAUGCAUAACUUUUCUAUAUAAUUGAUCCAAAUCAACAGGGGUGCUGACUUCUGUGUCCACAUUAAAGUCAGAUACACAUACAGCUCUUAUGGAUAUAAGAGGGCAGAGGAAGCCUGCAAGAGCCAAAGUGUUUCCUGACAUUUUUAUUUACCAAAAAUGGCAUUAAGUCUAUAUUUUGCACUUCUGAUUCACACAGUCUUACAUCUGGACAGUAGCACCUGUUUGUCCCCUCCUCAGUAUGUAGGCCUGGUUUUUAUUUGGAA